UAUCUACACAUCAAUAUAAAAAAUAUACUGGAUUUUAAAUCUAUAUCGUAUAUUGUUUAUGAUUAUAGUGACCAACGAGGUAAAACUACAAGGUGUAAUAAAAUAGUGAUGAACCUAAUUCAAUUUUCUCGAUUAAUUAUCAAAAAUAAAAGAGUUAAUUGUCAACAAAUAUAUUUUAAAAAAUCUGUCUAUGGAACAUCAUCAACGUUAUCAUCCGAGGAAAAAAUUACCGAAAAUAAUGAAAAUAACAAUGACUCCUCGAUAGAUGAUUUAUCAGAGCCUACGAAUUGUUGCAUGUCUGGAUGUGCAAAUUGUGUAUGGAUUCAAUACGCAGAAAAAUUAAGUGCUACUCUCAAAGAAAGUGACGUAGAUGUACAAAAAUUAAUCAUGGACAAAAUACAAGAUCCUAAUAUGAAAGCAUUUCUUUCAAUGGAACUUAGAUUUAGAAAUAUCAUUAAAGAUUAGAAAUAUUAUGUAUAAAACAUAUAUGUAUAUAUGUACAAAGUGAUGAAAUUUUAGAUAAUAAAUACUUAUGUUAAUUUAACUAACUUUA